GUAAACAACAAGAAAAUUGAAACAUGGCAAUGGUAUGGGCAGCCUUCCUUGCUUGCAGCUUCUUGUGUACAAGUUCUCAGUACAUUUACUCGAAAGAAAACACUUGCUGCGCCAGUAAUGGAGAGACAAUAUCACAAAUUCGAGGACGUCUGAUUCAACAAGAGAGGAUCCAAGAACCUGUAGAUUCCCUCAGGCUGAUGGUGAGGAGACUCGAGGAAGAUGUAACCAAGACGCAUGGAGAUGUCCAAAUCGUCAAGAAAGGUUUAAAACUAGUGGAUUGUCAGGAUCUCUACAUGUAUAUUACCGGACACAAACAGUCUGGGGUAUAUACAAUUUAUCCUUUUGAUACCGAGACCAGGCUAAAAGUGUUCUGCGAUAUGGAAAAGGGGGACGGAGGGUGGAUAUUAAACUAG